CAGUGUCACUGGGUUUGGGGUGGGGAGUGUUUCCUGGAGUUAAGAGGCUGAGCCAGGAUGUUGCUCCUUGCAGCAGCGACUUCUCCGAAGCAGGAUGCAUCUGUGCGGAGCGGGGCCCAGCCUGCCUCUCCGGCUGCUCACACUGUUCCUCUUGUGUGGGCAGCUGGCAAAGGCUGCGGCGGCCGACGACUACGAUGAUUAUGCCACCCCCAAUGGGACCGAGGCCCCCCAGCGCCCGCCGUCGCUUGGCCUGUGCCCCCGGGCCAUCCCCUCUGCCCGGGUGACCCUCAACCGCACCACCUUCCUGGUCCUGCCCCCGUCCUCACAGGCGCAGCUGGACAGCCCCCUGACCACCCUACUGCUGCCCUCCUUCUAUGCCCUGCUCUGCCUGGUGGGGCUGCCUGCCAAUGCCCUGGCGCUCUGGGUCCUGGCCACACGCGUCGAAAAGCUCCCGUCCACCGUCUUCCUGAUGAACCUGGCAGCCGCCGACCUCCUCCUGGGCCUCCUCCUGCCCUUCAAGGCCGCCUACUACUACCUGGGCAACCACUGGCCCUUCGGCGAGGGCAUGUGCCGCCUCAACACAGCCGCCUUCCAUGCCAACAUGUACUGCUCGCUCCUGCUGCUGGCCUGCAUCAGCGCCGACCGCUACCUGGCAGUGGCGCACCCCUUCCUCGCCCGCUCCUUCCGCAGCCCGGCCUUUGCGGCGGGUACCUGCGGCACUGCCUGGGUGGCUGCCAUCCUCUCGGCGCUGCCCCUGGCCCUCCGGCGCCAGUCGUUCCCCCUGCUGGGCACAGACCGUGUCUUAUGCCACGACGCCCUGCCCGCCGAAGACGAUGCCACCUAUUUCCGCCCCUAUUUCGUCACCCUGGUGGCCGGCGGGUUCGUGGCCCCGUUGCUGGUCAUGGUGCUGUGUUCAGGUGCCACCCUGCGGGUCCUGGCGGGGAAAGGGGACCGCUACGCCACCGCCAUCAAACUGACCGUUGUUGUGGUAGUAUCAGUCGUGGCUCUGUACACCCCAAGCCACGUCCUCCUGCUCCUGCACUACUCCCACCGCUGCGCCGGGGCCCGAGGGACCCUCUACGUGGCGUACAUGGGGGCCCUGGCAGCCAGCGCCGGCAACACCUGCGUAGACCCCUUUGUGUACUACUACGCCUCGGAGGAAUUCCGCGCCAAGGUGGCGGGCAGGAUCUUCGGCGCGCGAAAGGACUCGGCCGUCUCCCUGAAAACCAGCAAAGAGACGCUGCCCACCAAAUGCUCCCAGACCCUGGCAUGAAAACAAAACAAUAAUAAUUUAUUAUUUCUACCCUGUCCAUCCGGCUGGGUUUCUCCAGCCACUCUUGGCGGCUUCCAACAGAAUAUGAAAAUACAAUAUUGAACAUUAAAAGCUUCCCUAAACAGGGCUGCCUUCAGAUGUCUUCUAAAAGUCUGGUAGUUAUUUUUCUCUUUGACAUCUGGUGGGAGGGUGUUCCACAGGGUGGGCGCCACUAUCAACAAGGCCCUCUGCCUGGUUCCCUGUAACUUGGCUUCUCGCAGGGAGGGAACCACCAGAAGGCCCUCGGCGCUGGACAAUACACUAUCAUAAGUUAUUGAUUUCCCCCCACCCCCCCAAAAAUACCCCCACAAUUCCCUGUACUGCUGGCAUGUCCAACUCCCAAGAGAAUGCAAUCUACUCUCCCACUAUGACAAAACUGGCAGUGAUUUACUCACUGGAUUGAGCAAAGUUGCUGAGUUUUUUUGGGGGGCAAUCGAUCAGGAUCACACGAUAGACCAGGAUUGACCCCGCGAUCGACCAGUGGAUCACCAUCGACCGGUUGGACGUUUCUGCUGCAUUGUAAAGGGACAAACUUUCGCUCAGAACUUGGGUAGGGGGCAAUUGAAAGAUCAAACCCAUGGAAAUAGCUCAGCACAAGUGGCCCCCCAAAAUUCUGCUGAAAACGCAGCUUUUAUUUGCUCCUUUGCAAACAGCGGGAAGCCCAUAGAUUUCAUUUGCAAACCUGAUUUGCAACGGGCGCUGGAUAAUUUCGAUACAUGAUGCAGUCACACAGACAAAUAAAAAAUUAAUUUGUUGAAUUUUGGGGUGACCUUCCCCCCGACCCCCAAGAUUUGGAAACGCUGUUCCGCCGUUUUUAGGCAAAAGUUCGUCAAAUGGAGCUACAAGGACACCGGAUUAUACCAAAGUCCUAACCUUCACCUUUCUCCGGAAAGAAACGAGAGGCGCAGUUUGAUUUUUAGACAUUGGUUUUUAAUAAAAUACUUUAUCAGCAUCU